UUCAUCAAUAAACAGUGUUUCAAGAAGAUUUACGUGUUUAAUACAAGGCCAAGUGGGCAAAGCCACUGGCAGAAAAGUGGUUGUUAUAUAAAUAUUUUUAGUAUAUUUAGCUUGAAAAAGUAAAUGUUGUAGGAUGCUUAUACAACUGUAGUUAUUUCAAUCAAGUUGUUGAAAAACAAAGAACAAUUUCUUAUAAGAAGCUAUAAAACAAUCUUUUAUUUUUAGAUUUAUAAUCAUGGGAGGCUGUCGCUGCUCAUAUCGUAACUGCACUGUAAAGUCAGAUAAGAAGACUCAUAUGUUUCACUUCCCUGUGUAUGAAAAAUUACGCUGUUAUCAAUGGAUCAUCAAUGCACACAGAUAUGAUUACCUACAUCUUACAGUUUCUCAAUUACGAAAUCGUGUUAUAUGUCAAAAUCACUUUAAAGAUGAAUAUUUUAUGAACUAUAUGAAAGAAAAGCUUACUUUUGAAGCAGUGCCUACUGAAGAUGGUCCUUAUUGUGAUCCUAGUAAAGAAGAAAAAAUAGACAGUGAAAUAAUAGAAAAAGCUAAUUUAGUAAUCAAUGAUAUAGAACAAAAGCUUAAAUAUAUAGAUAAGAAAGCUAACUCUUCUUUGAAGUACAUAGAUUUUUUGUUAACUGUGGGGCCAACAAUGGGUGGUAAUGGGAAUACUGAAUUACGGAUAGACAUUCCUAAAUUUAAUCCUAAAAAAGAUGAAGUAAUUACUACGUCGCCGCUUUUACAAUUGAAACGACUUAAGGACAGUUCUACCGACUUCAAAAAUAGAAACAUAACAGAUGUCAUUAAGAAACCUUUUCUGCAUUCCUCAAAUGUCUCUACAAAACAGACAGAAGAUCAUUCACACAACAACAUAAUGACAACACAAACCUUUUUAAAUAAGAAAUUAAUGGAAAACAAUAUUAAAGAUCUUAAUUCUAUGAAUUUAAAUCCUAAUGAUACUAUAUUUAAUAAUAAUGUAACCAAUGAAAUUACCAAUAUUUUUAAUUCACCUGUAGCAUUGACUGCACCUAUACCAUCAAAAAGCAUUAAUAAAGCGGAUGAUGUGCAACAAUCUGUUAUAAUAGAUACUUUAAAUAAUGUGCAAAAUACAGAUUAUAAUUCAGUAAAUAAUAAUUACUUUAGCGAUAAACUUCAGUUUCAGUCUUCCUCUAAUAAUACCAUAUUUGAUCAGCCUCUUAAUGCAGUGCAAUCCUGUCAUCAUACUAAAACGCAAAAAAAUAUGAAAAUAAAAAUUCUCUCUGAAGAGACCAUAUUAAAUCCAUUACCUUUUGUAGGCAAAUUGGAACCAAUUUUUCCAUCUUUAGUGUUACCAGUUCCAAAUAGGCUAAAAGGGCAUACAUCAAGUGACUUACAAAUAUCUCAACAUAAUUAUAAUACUCAUAAUAGACACAUAGGGCCAGAUUUAGUAAACAAAACAGAAAUAUUGGUGACUGAACAAAAACCAAACAUUAAUGAAAAUGAAAGUUCCGAGGUUUUGAAGAAUAAUGAUGUUAUUAUAAGCGAUCCACCAAAAAUAGAGAUAAUAGAACCAGAGGCAUACACGACUACACCAAAAAAGACUAAUAUGGUCAGUAAUGAGAAAGUUAGUACGCCAAAGUCAUUAUUGAAAAGUAAAGUAUCUCCUGAGCGUCUUGCUGCUAUAGAAAAGAAGAGAAUGUUUAAUAAGAAACUUAGGGACAUGGUAGAAUCAUGUUUAGAGAAAUCAAAUGGCCCCGAAAAAGAUAUGGGUAAAGGAAAUAUCUUAAAAAGGAAGGAUAAUGAAAAUAUUGACACUUCUAUUUCCAAAAGUAAUUCUUUAACAAGCUCACAAGAUUACAUUGUAACAUAUUUAGAGGCAAGAAUGAAGAAAAUGGAAAAUGUUUUGUUGAAUAAAAUAGAACAGAAUUCCAAUAGAAUAUCAGAGCUAAAGAAGUGUGUAGUACAUUCAAAGCAGAAGUCUUUGUCUACUCAAACAUCCACCAGUGAAGAGUCACAUAAAUUGUAUCUAUAUGAGGAAAUUUCGAAGUUUUUGAGCCCUGAUGCAAAAAAUUUAGUGUAUGAAGAUUUAUUUAUUUAUAAAUAUUCACAAAGUCAAACUGAUAAUGUACCUAAAGCUAAAAGAAAACGAUAUAGAUGAUGUUAAUGUUUAGUUUUAGUGACUAAUUUAUUUAUAAAUUUUAUAUUAUUUGACAAAAUUGAAUUACAUUUUACAACUUGACAAGAGCUUUUCCAAUAUUAUCUCCUGUAAAUAAUCCUAGAAAAGCGUCAACGGCUGUUUCAAACCCGUCGUAAAUAUGUUCUUUGUAUUUUAGUUGACCUUUUUUUACCCAUUGGAGAUUUUGAAGUACUCCUUCCAUAGUACGAUCAGCGAAUCGGUUGACCUGAAACCCUUCAAUCUUUAACUGCUUUCCAACUAUAUAAAUCUGUACUGAAGUAGCUGUAAUAAAUAAAUUACAUUACGUUAUUUUUCAAACUUAUAUUUUUAUAUAUAUAAUUAUUAAAUAUUUAUAUAUAAUUCACCUUUUCUCUUCUCUGGGUCUGUUUCAUUAUAACUCGAUAUAGACCCGCAAACUGCUACUCUUCCAUAACUAUUCAUCUUGGACAUUAUUUGGCUGCUAAUUUCGCCGCCGACGUUGUCAAAGUAGCAGUCAACUCCAUGAGGAGCAUUCUCUUUUAAAUAAUCUGCUAUAUUCACUGUCUUGUAAUUUCCGGCAGCGUCAAAUCCUAGUUCAUUCACUAACCAAUUGCAUUUUUCGUCUGUACCAGCAAAUCCAAUUGUGCGACAGCCUGAAACGAUAGGAACACGUAUGUCUU